AUGCCACGUGAGGACCCCGUGCUGGUGGCCACAAGGCGGCUCUCCCACUUUUGGUCUGGGCGGUGCCCCACGGGGCCUUCCCUUAGACUGACCAUCGUCAGCCCAGCCCUGGACAUGCAGCGCAGGAGGGGUCUCUGCCCACAGGUCCCCUCAGAGAACCCUUUCCAGGGAUGCUGGCUGCAGGGCGCCCCCAACGGUGUUCCUUCUCCUCCCCAGGGCGAGUGCUCUCCCAAGUGCCGCAACCUCUUCGUGCUGGAGACGGUGUGCGUGGCCUGGUUCUCCUUCGAGUUCCUGCUGCGCUCGCUGCAGGCCGAGAGCAAGUGCGCCUUCCUGCGGACGCCACUCAACAUCAUCGACAUCCUGGCCAUCCUGCCCUUCUACGUGUCGCUGCUGGUGGGGCUGGCGGCGGGCGCCGGCGGCAGCAAGCUGCUGGAGCGCGCGGGACUGGCGCUUCGGCUGCUGCGCGCGCUGCGCGUGCUCUACGUAAUGCGCCUGGCGCGCCACUCGCUGGGGCUGCGCUCGCUGGGCCUGACCGUGCGCCGCUGCGCGCGCGAGUUCGGACUGCUGCUGCUCUUCCUGUGCGUGGCCAUGGCGCUGUUCGCGCCGCUGGUGCACCUGGCCGAGCGCGAGCUGGGCGCGCGCCGCGACUUCUCCAGCGUGCCCGCCAGCUACUGGUGGGCCGUCAUCUCCAUGACCACCGUGGGCUACGGCGACAUGGUGCCGCGCAGCCUGCCCGGCCAGGUGGUGGCGCUCAGCAGCAUCCUCAGCGGCAUCCUGCUCAUGGCCUUCCCGGUCACCUCCAUCUUCCACACCUUCUCGCGCUCCUACUCGGAGCUCAAGGAGCAGCAGCAGCGCGCUGCCAGCCCCGAGCCCACCCUGCGCGAGGACAGCACGCGCUCGGCCUCGGCCACCGAGGACGGCUCGCAGGGCCCCGACGGCAUAGGCCUGUCUGGGGACUCCGCGGACGCGCUGUGGGAGCGUACCGGGCCGUUCUGACCCUGUCGCCAGGACCGGUACACCUCCCUACCCGCUUAAGUGUUGGG